CAACGGAACAGGGCUCAAGUUUUAUUCCCAGGCGGUGGUGGUGUGGAGCCUGACUGUGUAGUGUGGGGAGGGGCCGGAGGAGAGGAAAGAUGCCCAAAACGCUGAACGUGCGCGUUACCACCAUGGACGCGGAGCUGGAGUUUGCCAUCCAGCCCAGCACCACAGGCAAGCAGCUCUUUGACCAGGUGGUGAGGACAGUGGGGCUGAGGGAGAUAUGGUUCUUCGGGCUGCAGUACAUCGAUAGCAAGGGAUACAUCACCUGGCUCAAGCACAACAAGAAGGUGACACAGCAGGACGUGAAGAAGGAAAACCCUCUGCAGUUUAAGUUCAGGGUCAAGUUCUUCCCUGAGGACGUGUCUGAGGAGCUCAUCCAGGAGAUCACCCAGAGGCUCUUCUUCCUCCAGGUGAAGGAGGCCAUCCUAAACGAUGAGAACUACUGUCCCCCAGAAACUGCUGUGCUACUGGCCUCUUACGCUGUGCAGGCCAAGUACGCUGACUACAACCAGGCCUCACACCGCCCGGGUUACCUCGGGUCAGAGCGGCUACUCCCUCAGAGAGUCCUGGAACAACAUAAACUCACCAAAGAGCAGUGGGAGGAGAGGAUCCAGAAAUGGCACAUGGAGCACACCGGACUACUGCGGGAGGAUGCCAUAAUGGAGUACCUGAAGAUCGCACAGGACCUGGAGAUGUACGGAGUCAACUACUUCCAGAUCAAGAACAAAAAGGGCACUGAGCUGUGGUUAGGAGUGGACGCACUGGGACUCAACAUCUAUGAGCACGCAGACAAGUUGUCUCCCAAGAUCGGCUUUCCCUGGAGUGAUAUCAGGAACAUCUCUUUUACUGAUAAGACGUUUGUCAUCAAACCCAUCGACAAGAAGGCUCCGAAUUUUGAGUUCUACGCACCACGAUUGAGGAUCAACAAGCGCAUCCUGCUGCUGUGUAUGGGGAACCAUGAACUGUACAUGAGGAGGAGGAAACCAGACCCUAUCGAAGUUCAACAGAUGAAGGCUCAGGCCAGAGAAGAGAGGCACCACAAGCAGAUGGAGAAGGCGUUGCUGGAGAGUGAGAAGCGGAGGCGUGAGCAGGCGGAGAGGGACCGCGAGAGAAUGGAGAGAGAGAAGAGAGAGUUGAUGGAGAGACUCAGGCAAAUAGAGGAGCAGACGCACAAGGCUCAGAAAGAGCUGGAGGAGCAGACACGCCGCGCUCUGGAGCUGGACCAGGAGAGGAGCAGAGCCACAGAGGAGGCGCAGAGGCUGGACAGAGAGAGGCAGGCUGCAGAGGAGGCCAAGGCCGCGCUGGCACAACAGGCUGCUGACCAGAAGAAGACACAGGAACAGCUGGCGGCAGAGCUGGCUGAGUUCACAGCUAAGAUCGCUCUUCUGGAGGAGGCCAAGAGGAAGAAGGAGGACGAGGCGUCGGAGUGGCAGCACAAGGCCUUGUCGGCUCAGGAAGACCUGGAAAAGACCCGAGAAGAGCUGAAGGCAGCAGUGGCUCCACCGGCCCCAGAGCCCAGCGAGGAGCCCAGCGAAGGGGCCCCGAGUGAGGGCAGUAACAGAGAGGGCAACAGAGAACGGCGCAGGAGGAGGGAGUUGCAGGCCCUGAGCUCAGACCUGGAGGCAGCCCGGGACCACUCCAAACGUACGCACAACGAUCUGCUGCAUGCCGAAAAUGUGCGCGCAGGACGAGACAAGUACAAGACGCUCAGGCAGAUCCGGCAGGGAAACACCAAGCAAAGGGUGGACGAGUUUGAGUCCAUGUAACCCUCUUCUCUCACUCUCACUUUCACCCACUCAUCCAUCAGGACAGAUCAAGCAAAGAGUGGAUGAGUUUAAGUCCAUGUGACCUUUCACCUCCCUUCGCUCUCACCCGCUCACCUAUCAGGACAAACCAAGCAAAUGGUGGACGAGGUUGCAUCCAUGUGACCCUCUUCUUUUAGCCUCACUCUCACACACUCAUCCACCAGGAUAGAUGAAGCAAAGGGUGCACGAGUUCAAGUCCUUGUGACCUUUCACCUUCCCUCACUCACCCACUCACCCAUCAGGACAGA